AUGUCUAAUUUCAAUAAAAAUCUUUUAACACCAUGUCCGGUUUUGCAACCUACUGAAGAAGAAUUUAUGGAUCCAAUAGGUUAUUUAUCAAGUAAACCUAUAUCGGAACUUGGUAAAAUAUAUGGAAUUGUUAAAAUUGUUCCGCCUUUGUCUUGGAAACCUGAAUUUCAAAUAUCUCCGAACUUCAAAUUUCAUGUUAGACAACAAGUUUUAAGUGAUUUAGGUAUAACAACAAGAUCAAGAAAUUUCUUUAAGGAAAAUUUAAAUAGAUUUUUAAAAAUGAGAAGAAGAAGAUUAGUAAAGUUGUAUUUUAAAGUUGAUGGUCAAAAGAUAUAUUAUUAUGAUUUAUAUUGUUUAGUUGAAAAAUUAGGUGGUUAUCAAGCCAUAACUAGUUGGCGGGAUAUUAAUAACAUCUUUAAAGUUGAUCCUAAAUCAAAAGCAAUUGAACUAGAAUAUGAUUCAGCAAUAAAAUAUUAUGCAAACUUUUUAAAUAAUAAUCAUAAUUAUGAAUUUCCUGAAAGUGAUUCAGAUGAAGAAGAUAAUUGUUUAAUUUGUGGUGAUAAUGAUGAUCCAGAAGAAACAUUACUUUGUGAUAAUUGUGAUAAUGCAUAUCAUAUGAAAUGCUUAAAUCCUCCUUUGAAACAAAUACCUGUUACUAAUUGGUAUUGUGAUAAAUGUUUAAUCGGUACAGGUGAAUAUGGAUUUGAAGAAAAUCCUGAAAUCAAAUAUAGUAUUCCUGAAUUUUAUCAAAUGUGUCAAGAAUUUGAUGAAGAAUUUGCCAAAAAUUAUAAUAAUGGAGAAAAAUUAUCUCUUGAUCAAAUCGAAUCAAAAUUUUGGUCAUUUGUUGAUAUUGAAAAAUCUGAUCUAGAGGUGAAAUAUGGUGCUGAUAUUCAUAAUUUAAAACCUGGUGAAAUAAGUGGAUUUCCAAUGAGUAAUACUCCAAAUUUAGAUACUUCAAACCCUCAAAUUCAAUAUUAUAUAAAUCAUCCUUAUAAUUUGACAAAAUUACCAUUUGCAAAAGGUUCAUUAUUAAACUAUAUUAAUACAUCAAUUUCAGGUAUGACUGUGCCUUGGAUAUAUAUUGGUUCAUUACUUUCAACUUUCUGUUGGCAUGUGGAAGAUCAUUAUACACUUUCUGCAAAUUAUUGUCAUUUUGGAGCAACUAAAAAAUGGUAUGGUAUUCCUUCAGCUUUUUCAGAUUCUUUUGAAAAAUUAAUGAAAAAAUCUGCACCAGAUUUAUUUCAAAAACAACCUGAUUUAUUACAUCAAUUAGUAACUUUAAUGAGUCCUAUGAAACUAAUAGAAAAUGGUAUUCCUUGUGUUUAUGCUGAUCAAAACCCAAAUGAAUUUGUAAUUACUUAUCCAAAAGUAUAUCAUGCUGGUUUCAAUUGUGGUUUUAACUUUAAUGAAGCUGUAAAUUUUGCAAUGAACGAUUGGUUAGAAUUUGGAAAUAGAUCGAUUAGUGAAUAUAGACCUAUAAAAAAGGAAAAUGUUUUCAAUUAUUAUGAAUUAGUGGAAAACAUUUUGAAAACUUUUAAUCAACAAAAGGAAAAAUUUGAAAAUUAUGAACUAGUUAAAAGAAGUAUUGAUAUACUACAAGGGUUUCUACUAGAACAAAAUAGUCUACUAAAUAAAUUAAAACAUAAAAAUCUAAAGGUUGAAAUUAGACCAAAGCAUUAUCAAAAACGUCAAUUCGAUGCUGAACAAAAAGGAGAAGUAUAUGAAGCUGAGGAAAGUUUAUGUUACAAUUGUAAAACUCAUUUAGGCUUUCAAUAUGGUAUAUUAGGAAACGAUGAAUUAAAACUCAACAAUCAAUUAUUGACACCACAAACAUCACCACAAGAAAUAGUUAAAAAAGAAGAGGCACCACAACUACAAUCAAUAGCUAAUUCCAAUUCAUCUAUUGAAUUAUCAAAAUUCACCAAAGCUAAAUGUGAAAUGGAUGAAUUUGAUUUACUAAUAUUACAAGCUAAGAAAAGAUCCAUCGAAGAAGAAGAAGAUUCAAAUUCUACUAAAAGAAGAAAAUCAAAAAGAAUCUUAUCGUUGGAAGAGCAACAAAAGAUUAACCCAACACAAAGAAUGAAAAGGGUUAAAAAGCCUCAACCAUCUGAUUCAAAAAAGAUAUGCUUGAAUUGUAUUACCGAUAAAAAAGAUAUUCCUAAUGAUUCUAAAUUAAUUUAUCAAAGCUAUCCUAAAGAUUUAUUCAACUUAAUUGAACUUGCGAAGUUAAACUUAAAAGCUUUAGAAAGUGUAUAG